UCAGCGUGGACAGCACUCACCGGCAAAGUUCCUACCGGUCGCUACACAUCGUGUUUCAAAGUGAAUAAAGCAAACUGUCAGCGUUUUAAACUCACAUCGCGGAGGAGCGACCAGCGGCCAGAUGAAGCUGUUUCUCAGUGAGGGCAACCCGCACUGCCUGAAGGCCUUAGCCGCCUUACAAGUGACAGGAGUUCAAUGUGGCGUCCACUAUGUCAACCACGAAGAGAGAGUUGUGCCCUUUCUUAGCCGUCCAGCUGUGCCAGCCCUGCUCCUGCCCAGCGGACUGCACCUUUUCAGUCCCAAUGCAAUCUGCCGAUACUUCUUCGAAGUAAAUGGACAAGAAUCCAGUGAGCUGUGCAAUCAGUGGCUUGAAUGGGAGGCCACAGAUCUUCAGCCUGCGCUGUUACAGGGACUCUACCUGGCAGUGCUACAGGGGAAAGGAUCGGAGGUUUCUAACCUCCUCCAGGGUCACCUAAAUGUCUUGGAGCAAAGCUUGAGUAAAGGAGGAACGCCAUAUAUAACCGGGGAUGCAGUUUCAGUUGCAGAUGUUGUUCUGUGGGCAGCACUCUACCCCGUUUUAUCAGAGUCUCUGCUCGCAUUAGGUGAGCACAGCUCUUUGAAGUCUUGGUUCGACCGUGUGGCUGCCAUGCACAGUUGCCAGUCUGCGGCUCAGAAAGUGCUUCAGGGGAAAGGCCUGCAGGGCAUGAAGAGCUACAUGCAGAGGCAGCCUGUCCCUCAGAGCAGCCAGAGUAGAGACGCACAGCCAUGCAACAGCAAUCCUGCCGAGGGUGAAGAAAGUGAGCGUUUCGUUUCAGAAGAGGAGAUGGAAGCAGCGACUCUCACCUGGAGCCAGGGUUUGAGCGCCGACUCUCAGCCUCUGGAGAGAAAACACCCCAUCCUUCCACAGGAGGGCAAGAGAAACAUCCUGAUGACCAGCGCCUUGCCUUACGUCAACAACGUCCCUCACCUGGGUAACAUCAUUGGCUGCGUCCUCAGUGCUGACGUCUUCUCCAGAUACGGCCGCCUGCGAGGCUGGAACAUGUUGUUUGUGUGCGGCACAGAUGAGUACGGCACGGCCACAGAGAACAAGGCCAGAGAGGAGGGCCUGACACCGCAGCAGAUCUGUGACAAGUACCAUGCUGUUCACUCCAGCAUCUACAAAUGGUUCCAGAUUGACUUCGACUUUUUUGGCAGGACCACCACAGAGAAGCAGACGGAGAUCGCUCAAGAUAUUUUCUGGCGGCUGCACAAACGGGGCUUCCUCCUGGAGGACACAGUGGAGCAACUUCGCUGUGAAAACUGUCAGCGUUUCCUGGCCGACCGCUUCGUAGAGGGCGUCUGUCCACACUGCCGCUACCCAGAAGCUCGCGGCGAUCAGUGCGACAAAUGUGGACGGCUCAUCAAUGCUGUGGACCUCAGAGAGCCUCAGUGUAAAGUCUGCAGGCAGACUCCAGUCAUCCGCUCCUCCAAGCACCUUUUCUUGGACCUGCCGAAGCUUGAGACCCAGUUGGAGCAGUGGCUGGAGAAGUCGACCAGCAGUGGAGACUGGACGGCAAACGCCAAACAGAUCACUCGCUCCUGGCUGAGAGACGGACUGAAGCCUCGCUGCAUCACCAGGGACCUGAAGUGGGGAACCCCUGUGCCCCACCCAGACUUCAAAGAGAAGGUGUUCUACGUGUGGUUCGACGCUCCCAUUGGUUAUCUGUCCAUUACUGCCAACUACACCGACCAAUGGGACAAGUGGUGGAAGAAUCCUCAUCAGGUGGAGCUCUACCACUUCAUGGCCAAAGACAAUGUGCCAUUUCACAGUGUGGUGUUUCCCUGCUCCCUGCUGGGAACCCAGGACAACUACACACUGGUCAAUCACCUUAUUGCCACUGAAUAUCUGAAUUACGAGGACACAAAGUUCUCCAAGAGCCGCGGCGUGGGCGUGUUCGGAGACAUGGCGAAGGACACAGGCAUCCCAUCUGAUGUGUGGCGGUUCUACCUCCUGUAUGUGCGCCCAGAGGGGCAGGACUCGGCUUUCUCCUGGGCUGACAUGGCUCUGAAGAACAACUCUGAGCUGCUCAACAACCUGGGGAACUUCAUCAACAGAGCCGGCAUGUUUGUCACCAAAUUCUUUGAGGGGUGCGUGCCUGUGAUGGAGCUCCAGCAGGAAGAUAAGAGGCUCCUGGCUCUGGUGGGCUGGGAGCUGCAGCAGUACAUUCAGCUCAUGGACAAAGUCAAAAUCCGCGAUGCACUGAAACACAUCCUCAACAUCUCUCGUCAUGGCAACCAGUACAUCCAGGUCAACGAACCCUGGAAAAAAAUCAAGGAAGGAGACGCAGAAAGGCGGCGCGCAGGUACAGUGACCGGCGUGUCGGUCAACAUCGCCUGCCUGCUGUCAGUGAUGAUGCUGCCGUACAUGCCAGAGGUCAGCCAGACCAUCAGGGAUCAGCUCAACGCCCCUCAGUCCUGCAUUGGCACCAUGUUGCAGGGAUCCGGCGCCUUCGUUUGUUCCCUGAAUGCAGGCCACCGCAUCGGCGCGGUCAGUCCGUUGUUCCAGAAACUGGAGGCAGAUCAGAUCGAGGCUUUGAAGAAGAGAUUUGGUGGACAGCAGCCUGAAGAUGAACCGUCUAAAAAGAAGAAGACUGCCGGCUCUCAGCCUGCUGCUGCUGUGCCAGAACCGACUGCCGCUGCUGAGGUGGCGCCGCUGAACGCAGCAGACCCGGAGAAAGCCAAGCAGCUCACGCAGGCUGUGGCUGAUCAGGGGGACAAGGUGCGAGCGCUCAAAGCCCAGAAGGCGGACAAGGCUGUGAUCACAGCAGAGGUGGCCAAACUGCUGGACCUGAAGAAACAGCUGGCUCUGGCUGAGGGGAAGAGCCCUGAGCCUGCACCUCAGAAAGGCAAGAAGAAGUGAUACAGAGGGAGAGAAAAAAAAAAUGACGGAGGAGUCGGAGGAGGGAAAAGAUGAGAAUGGUUUGA